UUCCGAGUCCGAGCCCCAUGACCGCUUCCCCGAGCCAUGACCCUGCCUGAUUCUUUUAUUGACGCAGAUCUCUGACCCACCUGGCGCAUCUCUUCGGACUAACCCAGUAUAAAUGGCGUGUAUAUAUGGCGCUCUCAGCGGCACCGUGUUGGUUGUCUCUUGCGACAGUACCACCACUAGCAUGUUGCGACCGCGUCCGCCUCCUAACGCGGCUCCCGCGAGGAUCGCAAGAUUCCUGCGACGUGCGAUAACGCUCUCUGCUGCUGAAGGUCCCACGCACCCUCCACUCGUCCAGCAAACGUUCCCGGAGUACUUCGCGACCGAGGUCCUUGCCAAACAUGCGUCUCGACCUGCUUUGAUUUCGAGGAGCGAGCGGCCCCAUCCUCACGGGGGCCCGUCCCUGCAUAAUAUGCUCGUGGAGAGCCAUCUUGCUUGGGAUUUUGAGCAGUUUGAUGCUCAUAUACAGGCUCUCGCGCGAGGUCUGUUGGACAUGGGAGUCCAGAAGGGCGACCGCGUCGGUGUGGUGAUGGGCAAUAAUAGCGCGUAUGGAUCGCUACAAUGGGCCUGUGCGAGCAUAGGUGCCAUCCUUGUGACGCUCAAUCCCGCAUACAGGCUGCCAGAACUUGUCAACACACUCAAUCUCGUCGGCGCCAAGCACCUCUUCCUCGUCCCGCGCCUCCGCUCCUCGACCUACGUCGGAGGGGACCUGAAGACGUUUGAGGAGGAGCGCGAGAUCGCGCGAUGUGCCGUGGACUUCCGGGAGGUGCUCGUGUGGCGGGAGGACAGCCCGCUGAAAGCGCGGGUGGCGGAGACUGCGAGGAGCUUGCAUUGCGAUGAGGUGAUGAAUCUGCAGUUUACGAGUGGGACAACGGGUGCGCCGAAGGCGGUCUCACUCACACACCACAACCUCCUCAACAACGCGAUAUCAAUCGCGCGCAACAUGCGCUUGACUUCAUCGGAUGUGCUCUGCAAUCCCCCUCCACUAUUCCACUGUUUUGAUACAAAUCCUACACGCCUCGUUCUAGGGAACCUCGCCGCAUGGACGCACGGCGCGUGCAUCGUCUACCCUUCGGAGAUCUACUCGCCCCCUGCGAUCGUCGACGCACUCGUCAACGAACGGUGCACAGCACUCCACGGCGUGCCGACACACCACCUUGGUGUCCUACACGAGGUGCAGCGACGCCGUGCGGAGGGUCAAACAGUCGAUACGAGCUUGUUAAGGUACGUUCGUGUCGCACAUAACGUCUCAGAAGAACACAGGCUGAAUCGAUAUGUCAUUCCUUUCAACGUGUCGUAUUUAUGUGUAGGACUGGGAUCGCGUCGGGUGCACCGUCCGGUGUCUUUCCAGGCAAAUCCGGACGACCCGAUCAUCAAGCGCGUCGAGACAGUCGGGCGUCCGCUCCCGCACGUGAAGGCGAAGAUUGUUGACGAACACCAGGAGACAGUGCCCGUCGGUACGCCGGGGGAGAUCCUGGUGUCGGGCUACUUAGUCCACAAAGGGUACUGGGAAGAUGAGGAGCAGUCCGUAAAGGCGACGGUCAGAGAUCCUGAUGGGACGGUGUGGAUGUGCACUGGGGAUGAAGGUAUCAUGGAUGAGGAAGGAUAUCUGAAAGUGGUUGGAAGAAUCAAGGUAUGCACGCUCUCCACGAAGGACCAUGGGAACUUACAUGUCACAGGACAUCAUCAUACGCGGCGGGGAGAACCUCUUCCCCGUACAGAUCGAGAACGUGCUAACGGCACAUCCCGCAGUAAGCGAAGCAGCCGCGGUGGCAGUGCCGCAUUCAGUGCUGGGAGAAGUCGUCGGUGCGUGGAUCGUCCGCGAAACCACCGCGGUCCAACAACCUUCACGCGAGGAAAUACGCGACUUCGUCGCGCAGGGCAUGAACCCGCAGAAUGCGCCUGCUUGGGUGUGGUUUGCGGGCGAAGACGGAGCACCUGAAGAGCUGCCGAAGACC